AUGCGCCGGCUUGCAAUUGACCUCCUAGACAGGUUCAUAGCAGUCAAAUUCUCCUAUUUUCAUCUGUCAUCCGGUUCAUACGUUCGAGCGAACCUCCGCUGCUUCUCGACUUCUCGAUUUGCGCAACGGACCUACCUCAAUAAGUCGUUCCAAGUUCCAGUUGGAAACAAUGGACAUGUAUCCCUGAAUGUAACCUAUCCCUCCAUAGCGCCAACUCAUGGCCAACCGAAUGUGAUUAUCCGUCUACCUCCAGGCCCGUUGUUUCAGCGAGAGGCAGAAUAUGGUGGAAGUCAAGAUGAUCCUUGCUCAGAAGCUCUGGCGUCUGUCACCUCCUCAACGGUCGUAACGAUCAAUUACCGUCUAGGGGUAGCCGCAUCGACAGACCUCGCAUCAGAGUCGGCUCUAUCCGAAGACGAAGAAAAAAGGCGUCUCUCUGCAGUCAAGAAGCAAGUCCUCUAUCGGUACCCUACACCCGUCCAUGAUACCCUGGCCGGGUUCGAUUGGGUCCAGCAGAACCUCCAACCCGCGCGCCUAGGUACCAUCGGCACACACACCGGUGGCUCGCUAGCGCUCAUGCUAGCCCUCACCGAAGCGCAAUCUGUUCAUGCCGUCGCGGCCCUAGAACCUAUCUGCGAUUGGGCCGGUCUGGACGAGCACUGUCUUAUGGAAGAGCAACCAGCUCACGAGGGAAAUACUGCAAGCAAGAGAACACGGGGCGCAGGAGGUCGAGUCCCCGCUGCGCAGGACCUCGUCCCGCUCCUCGAAGCGCGGGAGAAAUUCUUCGCUAAGCCGGAGCGCUACUUUGAUGCUUUUGCCUCGCCUGUCCUGUUCCUACGGUCGGCGGGUAAGGACGUUCCGAGGACGUUUCCGAAAUACCGGACUGGACCGGACUAUCCCGUUCCUGUACUUGUGUCCAAUCAGCCAGAUAGACAGCCGAUUGGUGUCUGGGAUCUCGAUACGCAGGACCAGGCAACCCACCAGCAGGGUGACAUCUACGACUUGGAGUCAGAUCUACCCUCCGAUCCAGACCCAACCGCAAAGUCCAGAAUUGACCCCGCCGAUGCCAGCUUCGGCCGCGCCAUCCGCCGCCGCAAAGCCCUCUCGCGGUGGCCUCCAUACGGUCUAGACUAUGGUUCGAGCGCCUCCCCUCGCUACCACAUCUACGACCAAGGAAUCAAGCGGCUCGAAAUUGCCCUCCCAAAGAUCCGUCUCUUUGUCCGCGCCCACGAGAACGAACAGUCUGACCCUGACCCUGCGUCAGGGAGAGAAGAGAAACGGCAGGGGCCCCGACACUCAAGAAAGACACAGCGGCGCUCAAUCCUGGCGCAACAGGCGGAUGAGAUGGUUGAUGUUAUGCGCAGGGCAUGUUUCUGGGGCCGGGAAAAGGGUUACGGGGAGAGCAGAGUCACGCUUGCGCAGGUGGCGUCCGGACGAUGGCCUGUGUCUGGCGAGGAAGACGCGGGGAGAUGGCUGGGCGAGGCCUUAUCAGAUGCGAAUAGUAGCCAUUGA